AUGUCAGUCAAUCCCGCGAACCCACCACGACCUGCUCUUCGAGCAGCCGACAAAGAAACGUUUGCAUAUUUCACUGCAACACACAGAUGGCGAGAUAUUAUAAAAAAAGGUAUUGACAAUAUUCGAGAUUCACUUAAUUAUUCGGAAAUUGAUAAAAAUGAAGAAGGAAAAAAAAUUAUGGCUUCUAUGGAAGAAUUAAUAAAUCAAAUUCAAAGAAAUGAUCAAUUAACUCAAAUUGAAGACGAUGGAAGACCAGAUAUUUUAAACUGGACCGAUGCCUUAAAUACUUACUUUAAAGGUGAAAAUUGGUUCACAGCAUCUUGGUUAUUCGCUGAAUGUUAUUUAUAUCGUCGAAUUAUUUCGAUAAUUACAAAUACAAAACAUUGGCGAAAUUAUGAUCCUUAUUUCCGUCAAAAAGAAGAAUCUUUCAAAUUAUCUUUUUCUGGUAUACUUGAAUUUUCGAAACGUAUCGAUGAAAUAAUUUCUUCUUCAAAAGUAAAAAUAGAUGAUAGUAUAAUUUUUUAUGAACUUGCUCAAAUAUCACUCUGGGGGAAUGCAACUGAUUUAUCUAUGUUACCAAAUUUUGGUACUGAUGAAAAUAUUGAGACAAAACGAUUUGAAGAAUCGAAAAAAAAUAUUUUGGUGAAUGAUUUGGAAAAGGCAUGGAAAUGGUUAUCGAAAUAUAGGUUUGAAUUAUAUAGCGAUUUAAUUUUUUCGGAUUGGUUAAUUCAAUCAGGGUACGUGUCUGAAGUUUAUUUACACAUAAAACCAAUUCCAUGGUUCGUUUCAGAUACAACAUUGGACGAUUUCAAUUGGUUAUUUAAAACACUUAAAAGUAAUGAUUUCUUUUCAUCUGCUUCUGAAAUUGAAAAAUCCUCCCUCGAGAAACUUGUUGAUCGUUGGCAAUCGUACAUCGCCAAUUCAAAAUGGAUCAUUACUUCCGAUUUUUUUUGGACUUCUCCGUAUUCCUUUUGGCACUUGGAAGAAACGGCUCCUGAAUUGUAUGCUGAUUUAUGUAAAUCUCAUCUUGUUAUAUUCAAGGGUGAUUUAAAUUAUAGAAAAUUAGUAUACGAUUGUAAAUGGGAAACUGUUACACCUUUUAAAGAAGCUAUAGGUCCAUUAGCAAAUUCGAAAAAUGCAUUACCAUUGUUAUCUUUGAGGACCGGAAAAUCUGAUGUGUUCGUAGGACUUGAUGAAGAAGUUGAAGAAAGGUUAGGUCCAGAUAAAAGCUGGAUGUAUUCUGGAAAAUAUGCGGUUAUUCAAUUUAGUGAAGGGAGUAAAUGA